GGCCAUUUUCUAGCGGAGGGUGUGCCUCAGAGAGGAGAGACCGCCCCGGGCAGGCUUGGGCUAGGUGCAGGAGAAGGCUUCGCGUGGUUGGGGUGGCUGACGCUGGGACCGGGCUUUGGGACACCCCGAAAGGGGAUUCAGCUGGGAAAAAAAACUGAGGGCACCUUGGGCCAUCCGGCUGCAGAGGAAUUUGAGCAGGAGAAAAACUUUCUUGAAAGGCAGCGGCCAAACUCUUCUGGGGCAAAGAGAGGACGCGCAGAGAGCAAGGAACGCAGUGUGCCGCGGGAGGGCGCAGAGCGCCGGGCGCGCGGGCCGCGGGCCGGCUGGGAGGGGGCCCCGGGCGAGGCGGAGUCCGGGCGCGCGGCCAGGCUAGUGGGGGGCCCCGGCGGGUGCAGAUCCCCUCUGGCUCCCGGGGAUCCGCGGCAGGACCGGCCAGGAGGCGCCAUGGAGGGGAGCCCCAUCCCGGUGCUGACGGUGCCCACCGCACCCUACGAGGACCAGAGGCCGACCGGCGGCGGCGGGCUGCGGCGGCCCACCGGCCUCUUCGAGGGCCAGCGCAACUACCUGCCCAACUUCAUCCAGAGCGUGCUGUCGUCCAUCGACCUGCGCGACCGCCAGGGCUGCACCAUGGUGGUGGGCAGCGAUGGCAGGUACUUCAGCAGGACGGCCACCGAGGUCGUGGUGCAGAUGGCUGCGGCCAACGGGAUUGGGCGACUGAUUAUUGGACAGAAUGGCAUCUUGUCGACCCCUGCUGUUUCCUGCAUCAUCCGGAAGAUCAAAGCAGCUGGUGGAAUCAUCCUAACGGCCAGCCACUGCCCUGGAGGACCAGGGGGAGAAUUUGGAGUGAAGUUUAAUGUUGCCAAUGGAGGUCCUGCACCAGAUGUUGUUUCGGACAAAAUCUAUCAAAUCAGCAAAACAAUUGAGGAAUAUGCCAUAUGCCCUGAUCUUCGAAUCGACCUUUCCCGACUAGGAAGACAAGAAUUUGACCUGGAAAACAAAUUCAAACCUUUCAGAGUGGAAAUCGUGGACCCAGUGGAUAUCUAUCUCAACCUCCUUCGUUCCAUCUUUGAUUUUAAUGCCAUCAAGAGUCUGCUGACUGGGUCCAGCCAACUGAAGAUCCGUGUUGACGCCAUGCAUGGAGUGAUGGGACCCUAUGUGAGAAAAGUCCUGUGUGAUGAGCUGGGGGCCCCAGCAAAUUCUGCAAUAAACUGUGUUCCCUUGGAAGACUUUGGGGGGCAGCAUCCUGACCCAAACCUGACAUAUGCAACAACACUUCUGGAAGCGAUGAAAGGAGGGGAAUAUGGAUUUGGAGCUGCAUUUGAUGCUGAUGGAGACCGUUACAUGAUCCUAGGCCAAAAUGGCUUCUUUGUGAGCCCUUCGGACUCCCUGGCCAUCAUUGCUGCCAACCUCUCUUGCAUUCCUUAUUUCCGUCAGAUGGGGAUCCGAGGGUUUGGGAGGAGUAUGCCCACCAGCACAGCCCUGGACAGGGUGGCCAAAUCAAUGAAGGUCCCUGUUUAUGAGACCCCAGCUGGAUGGAGAUUCUUCUCAAAUCUUAUGGAUUCGGGACGGUGCUCUCUGUGUGGAGAAGAGAGCUUUGGCACUGGCUCUGAUCACCUCCGAGAGAAAGAUGGCCUCUGGGCUGUCUUGGUCUGGCUCUCCAUUAUCGCUGCCCGGAAGCAGAGUGUAGAGGAGAUUGUCCGAGAUCACUGGGCCAAAUUUGGCCGCCAUUACUAUUGCAGGUUUGACUAUGAGGGGCUGGAGCCUAAGACAACAUAUUACAUCAUGAGGGACCUGGAGACCUUGAUCACAGACAAGUCCUUCAUCGGCCAGCAGUUUGCUGUGGGGAGCAACGUCUACAGUGUGGCCAAGACAGACAGCUUUGAAUACGUGGACCCUGUGGAUGGUGCUGUGACCAAGAAACAGGGUCUGAGGAUCAUUUUCUCAGAUGCAUCACGGCUCAUCUUCCGACUCAGUUCGUCCAGUGGGGUGCGGGCCACCGUCAGGCUGUACGCAGAGAGCUACGAGAGGGAUCCCAGUGGGCAUGACCAGGAGCCACAGGCAGUGCUGAGCCCUCUCAUAGCCAUUGCGCUGAAGAUUUCCCAGAUUCAUGAGAGAACUGGCCGGAGGGGACCCACUGUCAUCACUUGAAUGGCAGAAAGAUCACUCAGCAGGGCCAAAAGAGAGCACCGGCGGGAGACGCUUCACUGAUACCUUCUUGCUACCUGUUUGUGCCUUUUAUGACUUUGGAAAAAAACAAAAGAUAUUUUGCUGUUGGAGGGGCGUGGGUGGGGAAAAAAAAGUAUCUGGCUCAUUUUGGUUUGGGCCAGUUCCUCCAAAUGUAACAGGGUCUUUAGUUGUCUGUUAAAGCUGCACUAUCUUUUGAUAUCUUUAUUGUGUCACAUAAAGGAAACUCCUCUUGUGAAAAGGGGUAAGUGGGCUAGGAAACUCAUCCUAACAUCUGUGCAUCAUUGGUGCCACAUGAGAGAGGUUCUGAAAUAAUGAGAGGAGAGAGUGGUACCAGAAUUAAACUGACCCAAAGCUCCAGGUGUCCCUGGGCAAGCAGAAGACACUCCAGAGCUUGGAGGAGGAUUUAGCUUUUCACCCUAGGUCUGGUUUGUUCUACGACGGGGGGAAAUUGUAGUAAUCCUGAUGGCCCACCCUCCCCAGCCUUCCCUACCCCAUUCCCUUCCACCCCGUGCCACUUUCUCUCACAUCUUCUAAAGCUUCCUACAAUUCACAAUGGCACACUUCCAACAAAACAUAUCAAAGGGUGCUUUGCUCUUUGAUCUUGUAAAUAAUAUUAUUUUAAUGAUAUGAUUAAGUAGGCUGCAUUCCUUCAGGUUCGGCUAUUCCUUACAUAGGUAGGAGGCAGUUUCUUGACAGGGCUCUGCAAACGAAUGCUUUAAAUUCUUUAGGACCUUCCUUGAUUACAUCCCACAGAUUGACGCAUGACUUUGUAUGAAUUCCUCCUGGGAAGACAGAAUGCCACCGUGUGCACUAGCUCUUUGACUCUCCCAGUAAGGGUCUAUUUUAAUUUACUUAUUUCGACCUAGUUCAGAUAUUAUUUGUCAUGGCUGUAAAAGGAGUGAAUGUAAUGUAAAAGGAGAAAAUGAAGUGACCGUACCAUAUUUCUGGUGGUACAGUUGUCGACCUGGUGAAGUGGAGGGAAGCAUGGGGACCCCUGCUGGAAAGCAAAGUCACAAAUGGCUUUCCUUGCCUGGGAAAAGGAUAUUGCAGCUCUAGCAGCCUCUGCCUGUCUUCAACCAGAUCGCUUGGUGCAUGGGAGCUGUUUGCAUAUGUUUUGCUUCCUUGGGAACAGCACAUUCACGUAUCGUAUCGUGCCAUUUGCGGAGAUGACUCGGUAUACUUUGACCGUUAAGCAAUGAGUUAUUGCUGCAGUCCAGGUUAGUGCAAGCAAAGAAAUGUUCCCAGUAAGUUAUUUGUUUCUUUUUUCUAUCCAUGCUUCUGUCAGAAACUUGCUAGGACAUUUAGUAGCCAAUAAAAAGAAAUUCCUUAUUUCAACCUA